CUCAGGAAAUCCGGAGAGAAGGGAGAGGGGCCCUCGAGCCAGGUUACCACAAUGCCCAAACCUCUAAGACCCCUGAGGCAGGAAGGUCGCUGGCUCACCAGUUUCCCUCAACCUCCUUCCUGAGAGGAAGGGGCUGCCUAUGUCCCCCAAGGGUGAGGGCUCAGGGUAGAGCAGGAGAGAAGCCAGGAAGGUGUCGCAAUCCUGGGUCCCUGGCCUGUCAUUAACGACGGAGCUAGAAAGAGAAGUUUCAGGAACUUGCCCCAAGAAGAGAGGAGCAAGAGAACAGAGAACAAACACAGGGAGGCUGGGCACAACGCCCUAGCCUCAGUGUAAGUAGGGGAGGGCAGAUCCCUGGAGACCCCAGACCAUUUCCCGGCAUUGCCAGGGUCACUUCAGGGGGCCUGUGACAGGUGAUCCUUGGGAACUGAGAGUUCUCGGUGUGUGUGGCAUUGGGAAGUCAGACAGCUGAAUCUGUUUGGAAACAGGAGCUGAGCUCAGGGAUGAACACAUCCCUCUCGGAGUCUCUCCCUCAGGUGUGUUCUAGUGUCCGGAUCUGCCACGGUUUCCUUCCUGGUUGCUGUCUGUUUUCAGCCCUUUGGCACGCUUCUUGGCAGCACUGCUGAGACAUGAGUGCUACUGUUAAUCAUCUUUUUGCAAAUGGAGAAACUGAGGCUCAGAAAAGUGAAGUAACUUAUCUGAGUUCACCAGGCAGGUAAACAGCAAGUUGGCACAAUGGUGGGACUGGGAGCCUGUCUCCUAACCGGAGCUGCCCUGAUCCUCUUGCUACUCCCUAAAAGUCUGGAGAGCUGUGGGCACAUCACGAUCUCAGUCCCCAUCAUCCGCCUGGGGGACCCUGUCACAGCCUCCUGUACCAUCAGCCCAACCUGCAGUAAACUAGCCCAAGAGCCACAGAUCCUAUGGAGACUGCAAGAUGGACCAAACCAGCCUGGAGACAGUCAGCGGCAUCUUGGCGAUGGAAGCCAGGAAUCCACCAUUACUCUGCCUCAUGUGAACCACACAAAGGCCUUUCUUUCCUGCCUAGUGCCAUGGGCCAACAGCUUCCAGGUCCUGGAUCAAGCUGAGCUUCAAGCAGGCUAUCCUCCCGCCAGCCCCUCCAACCUGUCCUGCCUCAUGAACCUCACCACCAACAGCCUGGUCUGCCAAUGGGAGCCAGGCCCCGAGACCUACCUGCCCACCAACUUCACCCUAAAGAGCUUCAGGAGCCGCACUGACUGUCGGUACCAGGAGGACUCCAUCUUGGACUGUGUGCCUGAGGACAGACAAAGCACCUGCUCCAUCGCCCGCAAGCACUUGCUCCUGUACCAGAAUAUGGUCCUCUGGGUGCAAGCAGAGAACGUACUAGGGACCAGUGAGUCCCCAAAGCUGUGCCUUGACCCCAUGGAUGUUGUGAAAUUGGAGCCUCCAGUGCUACAGGCCCUGGACAUUAGCCCUGGUCUAGUCCCACGCCAGCCGGGCUGCCUAUGGCUGAGCUGGAAGCCAUGGAAGCCUGGUGAAUUCAUAGAACAGGAAUGUGAACUCCGUUACCAGCCACAACUUAGAGGAACCAACUGGACACUGGUGUCCCACCUGCCUUCCAGUGAGGACCAGUUCAAGCUUUGUGGACUCCAUCAGGCCCCAGUAUACACCCUGCAGAUUCGAUGCAUCCGCUCCCCUCUGCCUGGACUCUGGAGCAGCUGGAGCCCUGGCCUGCAGCUGAGGCCCACCGUUAAGGCCCCCACCAUCAGACUGGACACAUGGUGGCAGAAGAAGCAGCUGGAUUCCGGGAUAGAGAGUGUGCAACUGUUCUGGAAGCCAACGCCCCUACAGGAAGACAGCGGAGAGAUCCAGGGGUACCUGCUCUCUUGGAGUCCCUCCAAUCAGCAAGGGCCAGACAGACACCUCUGCAACACCACAGAGCUCAGCUGUAUCUUCUACCUGCCCUCAGAGGCCCAGAAUGUGAACCUUAUGGCCUACAACACUGGGGGGACCUCUGUACCUACUCCAGUGGUUUUCUUGGAGAACAAAGGUCCAGCUGUGUCCAAACUCCACGCCAUGGCCCAAGACCUAGAUAGCAUCUGGGUAGACUGGGAACCACCCAGCAUUCUGCCUCAGGGCUAUCUGAUUGAGUGGUGUCAGAAGUCCCUCAUCCACAAUUACAGCAACAAGACCUGGAGAAUGGAGCCUGAUGGGAGCAUCACUGGAAUUCUGCUACGGGAAAACAUAAGUCCCUUUGAGCUCUACGAAAUCAAGGUGGCCCCUCUGUACCCAGGCAUUGUGGGACCCUCCGCAAAAGUCUACACCUACUCUGGAGAGAGAGCCCUUCCCCAUGCUCCAGAGCUACAUCUAAAGCAUGUGGACAGCACCUGGGCACAGGUGGAGUGGAUACCUGAGACCCCUUGGCUCGGGAUGAUACCCCUCACCCACUACACCAUCUUCUGGACCGAUGAUAAGAACCAGUCUUUUUCCAUCAUCCUGAAUAUCUCCUUCCAUGGCUUCGUCUUGGAUCACCUAGAACCUGCCCGUUUGUAUCAUGUCUACCUCAUGGCCACCAGCCGGGCAGGGUCCUCCAACAGUACAGGCCUAACCCUGAUGACCUUGGCCCUAGAGGCAUCUGAGCUACAUAUUUUCCUGGGCCUACUUGUCUUUCUGAUUUCAUUUGUCAGCUUCUGUGGGACUAUCUGGUUCUGCUGCAAGCAUAGCAGGACAAAAUUCUUCUGGCCAAAUGUACCAGAUCCAGCUCACAGCAGCCUGAGUUCCUGGGUGCCCACCAUCAUGACUGAGGAAAUCUUCCAGCUGCCCAGCCUCUGGGACUCUGGCAUGCCACCAGUCACCAAGAUCACUGUGUUGGAGGAAGAUAAGAAGCUGACUAAUUGGGAUUCCAGUGACAACUCUCAAACUAGCAGCCUUCCCACCCUGGUUCAGGCCUACGUUCUCCAAGGAGAUCCAAGAGCAACUUCCAACCAGUUCCAGUCCUCCUCUGGCACUAAUGAUCAGGUCCUUUAUGGUCAGGUGCUGGGGAGCCCCACCAGCCCAGAAGUGAUGGGAUACCUUCGCUGUGAUUCCACGCAACCCCUUUUGGGGGGCCUCACACCCAGCCCUAAGUCCUAUGAAAACAUCUGGUUCCAUCCAAGACCCCAGGAGACCUUUGUGCCCCAAUCCCCAAGCCAGGAAGAUGACUGUGUCUUUGGGCCACCGUUUGAUUUCCCCCUCUUUCAGGGGCUCCAGGUCCAUGGAGUUGAAGAGCAAGAGGGUUUCUAAGACUUCUUGGGUCACUGAAUCUUGAAGGCCCUGGCCAGUUCAGAGGAGAAGAACCCUCCACUGAAAUCCACUGGCCCUAAGAGAAGCAGAAAGUCCCAAUCUGCCCCAUCCCUGGCCACUAAUACCUCUCCUUCACCCCGGCCUCCACAGGCUUCACCCCCCAGGACACCCUCAUACUCUAGGCUCCAGAUACAUACUGCUUCCAGCCCACCACUCGCCUCUUGUGUUUCCCAUAAUUUCAGUCUGUUAAGCUGAUUUUGAGUUGGGGCUGGUAUUUUCAGAAAUUCUUGCCAGAAGUGGUGAUACAUGCCCAUCAUUCCAGCGAGGGAGGAAGAAGCAGGAAGACUGCAAGUUCUAGGCCAGCCUGGGCUACAUAAGGAGAUCCUGUCUCAAAAAGUUAAGCAAAAGCUAAAUAAAUAUUAAUUUUUU